AUGGCAACUUCUCAAGAAAUUGAAGCUGCCAGAAAAAUUCUUGUUGGUUCUUCUGCCGAAAUGACUGAGGCUUCUAACGUGCAAAUGGGCUCUAAACGGGAAGAGGACCUGGCAAGCUGUGGAUUCAGUUUCAGUGUUGCUGGGAACAAAGAGGGCAUCUUGGCCCCUUCUGUGUACAAUUCUACCUACUUUGCUAGCAAACCAGGUAGCUCUUGCUCCGGUUGUACCGAAUGGAAAAGGGAUCCUCUGUAUGUUGUGUUGUGCUGUUGGCUGGCUGCAGUUGGAGCUGUGGCGUUGUCUCUUCCACAUUUCCAAUACAUCAACUCCAUGGCUACUGAAGGUCAAGUGCUUACUUGCAAAGCUCACAAUGGUCUGCGACAAAUGGGAUUCACAAAGUACAGUCGCCCAGAUUAUAUUAAAUGGAAAUAUGAGAACAGGAUCGUUUCUGAUGGUGUGAAUGCUAAGCUUCUUGGAUGUCAUGGACCUUCGGCAAAUAGGCAACCCGGGAGAGCAUUUCUGAAUGAGAAAUGGUAUGUAAUUGGUUUUUGGAUGACAACACUGCAUUCGGGAGAAUGUGUUGCUUUAUUGGAUGGUCUAAAAUUUGCAAUAGAUCAGUUUUUAGCCAUUGAUGAACAGGAAAUAAGCAUGUGA